AUGGGCGGGAGUGCGGGGUCCCUGCUGGGUGGGGAGGCUCACGCUGCCGUCUGGUGUUUUGGGGAGCAAAAGGCAAGUUUGAAUGAACUCCGCACACUUCAUGCCGAUCCAAUUCUGAGGAAUAUAGAGGAGUACAGCCUUGUCAUCCCCACCAGCACCGAUGCAGAGGGCAGGUUCCUAUCCCACUUGGUGUCUGGACCGCCAAAAGCACGCUUCAGGAGAGCUGCGGAGGACUUGCAACGUGAAGCAGCAAAUGAGCAAAUAUUUUACAAUGUCACUGUUUUUGGAAGAGAGUUUCACUUCAGGUUGCGGCCAAACUCCAGGCUUGUGGCCCCUGGAGCAACAGUUGAAUGGCAGGAGGACUCUGACGAGACUCACAUUGAACCUCUCUAUGGGAAUUGCCUCUAUGUUGGGGAUAUCACUGAUUUGCCAAAUGCUUCAGUCGCUAUCAGCAAUUGCGAUGGGCUGGCUGGCAUGAUUCGCACAGACAAGGACGAGUUCUUCAUCGAACCUCUGGAGAAGGGGGCCCAGGAGGAGGAGGAGGGAGAAGGCAGAACGCACGUGGUCUAUCGCAGAGCAGCUGCCAAGAAGCAGCUUCCUACUGAGAAUGCGGAUACACUGUAUAAAGCAGCUAACCUCACUAAUUUGGAUAGUCUCGACAGCGCGUUGAGCUUUAUUGAAGACCGGGUGCAUAGAUCGAGGCAGCGCUAUCGAAGGCAUGCAACGGAGGAUGAUUACAACAUUGAAGUCCUUCUGGGGGUUGAUGACUCAGUUGUUCAAUUCCAUGGGAAAGAACAUGUUCAGAAGUACCUGCUGACCCUGAUGAAUAUUGUUAAUGAAAUUUAUCAUGAUGAGUCCCUGGGUGCUCACAUUAACGUGGUCUUAGUGAGGAUAAUCCUGCUGAGCUACGGCAAGUCUAUGAGUCUGAUAGAGAUUGGGAACCCUUCGCAAAGUCUGGAAAAUGUGUGUCGCUGGGCCUACUUGCAACAGAAACCUGACACUGGGCAUGCAGAAUAUCACGACCAUGCUAUCUUUCUCACAAGGCAGGAUUUUGGUCCAUCUGGCAUGCAAGGCUACGCUCCAGUCACUGGAAUGUGUCAUCCUGUUCGAAGCUGCACUCUCAACCAUGAAGAUGGUUUUUCAUCUGCAUUUGUGGUGGCUCAUGAAACUGGACAUGUUUUAGGCAUGGAGCACGAUGGCCAAGGGAACAGAUGUGGGGAUGAAGUCCGCCUGGGAAGCAUCAUGGCCCCCCUUGUGCAAGCCGCGUUUCAUCGUUUCCACUGGUCUCGUUGCAGCCAGCAAGAGCUGAAUCGAUACCUCCAUUCCUAUGAUUGUCUGCGUGAUGAUCCCUUCGAACAUGACUGGCCUUCCCUUCCACAGCUGCCAGGAAUUCACUACUCCAUGAAUGAGCAGUGCCGUUUUGAUUUUGGUUUGGGCUACAUGAUGUGCACAGCUUUCCGUACGUUUGAUCCCUGUAAGCAGCUGUGGUGUAGCCACCCCGAGAACCCCUACUUCUGCAAAACAAAGAAAGGGCCUCCGCUGGACGGGACCAUGUGUGCACCAGGAAAGCAUUGCUUUAAAGGUCACUGCAUCUGGCUAACACCAGACAUCCUGAAGCAGGAUGGACACUGGGGGGCAUGGAGUAAGUUUGGCUCUUGUUCUCGCACCUGUGGCACCGGGGUGAAGUAUAGGACACGGCAGUGUGACAAUCCGCAUCCUGCCAACGGAGGCCGCACGUGCGUGGGGCCGAGCUACGAGUUCCAGCUGUGCAACACUCAGGACUGUCCUAAGGACUUUGAAGAUUUCAGAGAGGAGCAGUGCCGGCAGUGGGAUCCUUACUUUGAGUACCAGAACACAAAACACCACUGGCUCCCCUAUGAACAUGUUGAUGCUAAGGAAAGGUGCCACCUCUAUUGUGAAUCAAAGGAAACAGGGGAUGUGGUGUAUAUGAAAAGGAUGGUACACGAUGGGACCCGCUGCUCCUACAAAGACGCUUACAGCAUCUGUGUGCGGGGAGACUGCUUGAAAGUUGGGUGUGACAGGGUCAUAGGUUCCACGAAGCAGGAAGAUAAGUGUGGUGUUUGUGGAGGAGAUAAUUCCCACUGCAAAGUGGUGAAAGGAACAUUUUCAAGAAUACCAAAGAAACAAGGGCACAUUAAGAUGUUUGAAAUUCCUGUUGGUGCGAGACAUUUGCUUAUACAGGAAACAGAUGCCACCAGUCAUAAUCUCGCAAUUAAAAAUCGUGAAACGGGGAAAUUCAUUCUAAGCGAAGACAACUAUGUGCCAGACUCUAAAGUAUUUAUUGACAUGGGUGUGGAGUGGGAAUAUCGGAAUGACGAUGAUAGAGAAACCGUGCAGACCAUGGGGCCGCUGCGUAAUGGAAUAGUUAUUCUGGUGAUUCCUCAUGGUGGUGCCAAGGUAUCUUUGACUUACAAGUACAUGAUCCAUGAAGAUUCCUUGAAUGUAGAUAACAACAAUGUUUUGGAAGAGGACUCGGUGUCACAUGAAUGGGCUUUGAAGAAAUGGUCCCAAUGUUCAAAACAUUGUGGAGGAGGCUAUCAAUUCACAAAAUACGGCUGCCGGAGGAAGACAGACCACAAGAUGGUUCAUCGGAGUUACUGCGAGUUGAUCCAAAAGCCUAAGCCCAUUCGCAGGGUGUGCAACCUCCAGGAGUGCUCCCAGCCCAUAUGGGUUACAGGAGAAUGGGAGCCUUGCAGCAAAAGUUGUGGGAAAACAGGAUAUCAAGUACGAUCUGUCCGAUGUAUCCAACCCCUACAUGAUAAUACAAAUCGCUCUGUUCAUACCAAGUACUGCAACAAUGACCGUCCAGAAGGCAGGAGGCCUUGCAACCGGGAGCUUUGCCCAGCACAGUGGAGAAUAGGACCCUGGUCACAGUGCUCUGUCAGCUGUGGCAACGGCACGCAGGAUCGCCCGGUCCUGUGCCGGACCAGGGACAAUGCUAUCGGCCUUUGUAAAGAAAAUAAACCGGAGACCGUAAGGAUUUGCAGACUACCUCCAUGUCCAAGAAACGUUUCUGAUCCUUCAAAGAAAACCUACAUGAUACAAUGGCUGUCAAGACCUGAUCCAGACUACCCCAUCCAGAAAAUAUCUUCAAAAGAUCAUUGUCAAGGAGACAAGUCAAUGUUUUGUCGCAUGGAGGUUCUCUCUCGUUACUGCUCGAUUCCCGGUUACAAUAAGCUGUGUUGCAAGUCCUGUAAUAUGUACAGCAACAUAACAGAGGAUGACAAUGUAACCGAUUCUAACGUAAAUAAGAAUAAUGUCAUUGAGGAGGAGCUCCUGACAACCCUCAGCCCUCCCACGGGAGUGUCCACCACACAGUCUGCCACCAGCCCUCCUCUUGUUUCCAAAACACGUGCACCUCCUUCCAAUGCAACUGAGGAGCACCCAGAAAUCAAUGCGGUGGAUGUUCCCUAUAAAAUCGAUGGGUUGGAUAACGAAGUAUCACAGCACAACAUCAUUACACGGAGGAGGAUACCUUAUGAAAGGACAAGGAAUCAAAGAAUUCAGGAGCUGAUUGCUGAGAAAAGGAAAAAAGAGACUCUUAGGAAAAUAAACUAA